CGUGUAGGGCACCUAGCGAGGUAGGUGUGUGUGUCUGGCCACAGUGGUGUUCGUCGUCCAUAUAUAGCCGCCCGUGCCUCGCCAUUAGCCCCAACAAGCACCCGAGAAGAAGAAGAAGGAACACGAGCUAGUUAGGUACGAACAGAGCUUGAUCUCCAACGAUGUCGUUGGUGAGGCUGUUCGACACGCUGGCGUUCGACGGGUGGAACCCUUUGAGCAUCUUCGGCACGGCGGCGGCCAGCGGGGCGGACGCGUGGCUGGCGAGCGACACGUCGGCGUUCGCCGACACGCAGAUCGAGACCCGGGAGACGCCGGACGCCUACGUGUUCAGCGCCAGGCUCCCGCCCGGCGUGGCCAAGGAGGAGCUCUCCAUCAAGGUGGAGGUCGACGAGGACGGCGCCGGCAACGGCAACGUGCUCGUCAUCGCCGGCGAGCGCAGCGUGCGCAGGGAGGCCGUCAGGGGGGACGCCAGGAGGCAGCACGUGAUCGAGCGUAGCCGGGCCACUUUCUUUGGCAGGUUCCACUUGCCCGAGGACGCCGCCGUGGACCGCGUCCGGGCCGCCAUGGAUGCCGAUGCCGGCGCGCUGCUCACGGUCACCGUGCCCAGAGUGGGUGCCGUUGCCGCUGCGGCUCCUGAUGCGGUGGUCGUGCCCGAGGCCGCGGCCAAGGCUGUCGCCGUCGAGACCAGCCCGUGCUAGCCGAUGCCGAUGCUGACGCGCAGCAAAGUUGCUCGUUUGAUCGACCUGCUGGUUUUUACUUGCAUGGUAUGUGUAGUUAUGUACUACGUUGUGUGGCUUAUAGUUGUGAGACCAGAAAUUAAGGUGCUUGCAUGAUGUACUUCCAUCGAUCUGUGGUUUGGUGUGGGUCAGCUGCAUGAGAGCAACAUAUGCACGCAUGUAAACAUGCUUGUUUUGCUUGUAUUACUAUUUUGUCAAUUCUGUGUUCACGGGCAAAUCAAUGAAGAUCAAUUAGGCUGGAAUGGAUCAA